AUGGAAGAUGCUUGUUAUUUGUUUGAGACAAUUCUUGACAGAGAUGUGGUUUCUUGGAAUGCAAUGAUUGGUGGGUAUGUUGUUCAGGGUCUUGGUGAUGAUUCUUUUCAACUGUUUCAUGCCAUGAUGGCAGAAGGCACUUAA